GCACGACCACGGGCUGUACUCGGCCAUGCAAGCCCUAGAGACCGAGACCAAUACAAAACUUUGUGUUCCCCAUGCUAACGAUGCCGUUGAGUACUUCCGUUCGGUGGUCAUGGCUGGGCGUUGGGAUGACCUGUUGAGACUCGUGAGGAAGUU